AUGUCUGAUUCUGAUGAUAGUGUUACGGAAUUACAAGAGGAAUCUGAUAAAGCAGAAGUCAUCCAAUACUUUAGUACUAAUUAUGCCAAAGUUGUUUCGAAUUUUCAAUAGUACUAUGAGACAAGAAAUCAUAUGUCCUCAUUAGUAAUGAAAAUGAAUGCAUUCGAAAAUAAAAUAGAUGUAAUUACUAUUAAUGCAUUCAGAAAGUCAAGAAAAGCAACCUCUAUGAUAUACGUGAAAUUAGCAACAAAACAAACCUCAUUAUUAAUCUUACCAAGUUGUAAAACAUGCUACUAUAAAUGAA